UACGAGGCUGCUGGGCUGGCCAAUGCUGACAGUUACCAUUCUGGGGGAGAGAGGAGUUACCGUGUCUGGGGGCCAGAAACAGAGGAUAGCUAUCGCCUGCGCUCUACUGAAAAUCCCAUCCAUCCUCAUACUAGACGAGGCUACCAGGUGUACGAGGCUGCUGGGCUGGCCAAUGCUGACAGUUUUAUCCGACAGUUCCCUGAUGGCUACAGUACCAUUCUGGGGGAGAGAGGAGUUACCGUGUCUGGGGGCCAGAAACAGAGGAUAGCUAUCGCCCGCGCUCUACUGAAAAUCCCAUCCAUCCUCAUACUAGA